CCUACGCUCAUCCGUCUCUUCCACCAUGCGUCUCCGAACCACAGCCGUUCUCCUGAGCGCCGCCGUCGUCUUUCGGGGCGUUUCUGCUCAGUUCUGUACUGGGCCUCCCCCGGACUGCAACUUUGAAGACUGUAGGAUAAACUAUGCAGACCCUUGGGCAAUUUGCAAAGAAAAGUGUACCCCCAACUCAGGAAGAGAUGCUGCCGUCUCAUGCUGUUCCGGAGCUCUUUACUGCCCUGCUUAGUCUGAC